CUCUCUUUCAAGACAUGACGACACCCAAUGAGCUAGCACAGCUUGACGUUGUUAGUAAUGGAGAAACAUUUCAUCUGGAGGGUCAUCUGUGUUCUCUUUCUGCCUUUUCCCAUGUUCCUGCACAUCGGGAUUUGCCGAAAGACAGAACAUAUUUUAACUCUUCUGAGAAGAAACAAGGAAAUCCUUGCAUAUAUGAUUCAAUCUUUUCUAAAGAGGAUGAUUUCAAUCCAAAGCUUCAUCGCAGUGAUCGCAGGCAUGAUAAACUUAUUGGAUUGGAAAUAAACCAAGAAGUUGUAUUGAUGCCAUUAAUAACUUCAGAGGAAAAACAGAAUGUGUCUGAUUUACCGAUGGAUUGAACUUUGGAAUAAUUUCAAGUGUGACCAGAGAUAAUCUUUAAACAUCCAAUUGCAUAUUUCACAGCUAAAUAAAGUAUCACGAUCUUAAGUCCCAAACAUUAUAGGACUGAGACCGGCUGUUUAUGUUCUAUAGAAUAUAUAUUACGGGAACUACUACCACUCUCCGCUUUGCUGAAGCCAUUGCAAUUAAGAAACUGAAACCGGACUUAUGCAUCCAAAAAGAGACUUUAAUAAACUUAUCACUACCCUGGUAAUCCUUUUGUUUCUGUUUGUUUUGUGUUUUGGUUAUUUUAUUCAUUUACUUAUUCUAAGAUCAUUUAUAUCCCCCCCUAUUACCGAAUUCUUAAAAUAAAAUAAAUUUUAUUCACACAUUUCCGUCACCUGAUCCUCUUAAAUCAUCUUAACUUUCCAAACCC